CACGCAGUGCACAUUUUACUAAAAUAAUAAUUUAUGAGAAUUCACGAGCAUCCCGUAGCUAUCGGAAUUAGCAAAUUGAGUAAAGGUCCAUCCCGUUAUACUCGAGAGACACAGGUGCAGGACAGAAAGAGGAACCCUUUCAAUUUAGCAAUGGCGAUGCAAAGACAUGUUUAGCAAGUAAUAUAAAAUGGCAGGAGUAUAGAGCACAUUUUCAUUCCCCUGCGAUCAAAGAGAUCUGUGUGCAGUGCAGAGGGGAAAGGGGGAGUCCCUGGUUGCAAGGAAGGCACAGAACAUGGGUGUAAAACUAAGACGAUGGCAGGGGAGAGCCAAGGGUAGAGGAAGAGGAGGACUGGCAGUGUUGAUGUUGGUCAUCGUUUCUGUGCUCUUCCUCACGGCGCUUAGAUCCAGAUCUCCGCCUAAAUCUGACCACGGUAACUCUCAGAAUGGAUCUGUUGAAACGGCUGGGGGCCAGUUGAAGCAGAGCACAAUACAGCAAAUUGAAUCUUUCUUUCCGAAAGAGGUGAUUGAUGUCAUCACGGCAAACACAGAUGACUCUGGACCCCUAAGCUUAAAUAUUCAUGCACGGCAAGAUUUGUCUUCUUCAUGGGUAUUAGAUAAGCCGUCUGAUGAGAGAGAGACAGAUUCUGGACGCAAGCCAGAAAACCUACCCUCGGAACAAGAUGGUCUUGAGCAAAAUGCUUUGCAGCAUAAACGCAUCAAUGAGGCCGACGAGGAAAAAUCCUCUAACAAUGUGCAAUCGAUUGAUUCUGAAGAAGGUGUUGCAGGAGCUAAACAGAACAAUAUCAAAGAGAAUGUGAUCACAGAUCGUUCUAUGCUUGAACAGAGUCCAGCGAAACUUUUACGGAGGCAAUUGAGAGAAAAGAGGAGGGAGAAAAGAGCAUCGGAGCUUAUUCAACAAGAUGAAGAAGAAACAGUUAAGCUUGAAAAUGCAGCAAUUGUCCGCUCCAAGGAAGUGGAUUCUGCUGUGCUCGGGAAAUACAGCAUUUGGAGGCGUGAGAAUGAGAAUGAGAAUUCUGACUCCACUGUCAGAUUGAUGCGAGAUCAGCUUAUUAUGGGCAGGGUGUAUUCAAGCAUUGCCCGGGCCAGGAAUAGCCUUGAUAUAUACCAAAAUCUGACGUUACGGAUUAAAGAAAGUCAGCACGCGCUGGGUGAGGCUAACACAGAUUCUGAUCUGCAUCACAGUGCACCUGAAAAGAUCAAGGCUAUGGGUCAAGUUUUAGCCAAGGCCAGAGAACAGCUAUAUGAUUGUGCUACAGUAACAAAAAAACUACGAGCUAUGCUUCAGUCUGCUGAUGAGCAAGUAAGGACCUUGAAAAAGCAAAGCACAUUUUUAAGUCAGCUGGCAGCAAAGACUGUUCCCAAGGGCUUACAUUGUCUGUCUAUGCGGCUGACCAUAGAGUACUACUUACUUCCUCUUGAAGAGCGCAAGUUUCCUCAGGAUGAGAGAUUGGAGAACCCAAAUCUUUAUCAUUAUGCACUUUUCUCUGACAAUGUAUUGGCUGCAUCGGUGGUUGUCAAUUCAACUGUCAUGAAUGCAAAGGAAUCCGAGAAACAUGUGUUUCAUCUUGUCACAGACAAGUUAAAUUUUGGGGCCAUGAAGAUGUGGUUUUUACUUAAUUCUCCUGGGAAAGCUGCAAUAACUGUGGAAAAUGUUGACGAUUUUAAAUGGCUCAAUUCAUCUUAUUGCCCUGUUCUACGUCAGCUAGAAUCUGCAGCUAUGAAAGAGUAUUAUUUCAGAGCAGAUCACCCAACAACACUCUCAGCAGGUUCUUCAAACCUGAAAUAUCGGAACCCAAAAUACUUGUCCAUGCUUAAUCAUCUCCGUUUCUAUCUUCCUCAGGUUUAUCCUAAGUUGGAUAAGAUCCUUUUCCUAGAUGAUGACAUUGUGGUGCAAAAAGAUUUGUCUCCACUCUGGUCAGUAGAUCUCCAUGGAAAGGUUAAUGGUGCAGUGGAGACAUGUGGAGAAAGUUUUCACCGGUUUGACAAAUAUCUUAAUUUUUCCAAUCCUCACAUAGCUAGGAACUUUAAUCCUAAUGCUUGUGGUUGGGCAUAUGGGAUGAAUAUGUUUGAUCUUAAAGAAUGGAAAAGGCGAGAUAUAACCGGAAUUUAUCACAAGUGGCAAAAUAUGAAUGAGGAUAGAGUGUUGUGGAAGCUUGGAACCUUGCCACCUGGAUUGAUAACCUUUUAUGGCUUGACCCACCCUUUGGAUAAGUCUUGGCAUGUCUUGGGUUUAGGAUAUAAUCCCAGUGUUGACCGCUCAGAGAUUGAGAACGCAGCUGUUGUUCAUUACAAUGGAAAUAUGAAGCCUUGGUUGGAGCUGGCAAUGACCAAAUACAGGCCCUACUGGACAAAGUACAUAAAAUAUGACCAUCCUUACAUACAGCAGUGCAAUAUAAACGAGUAGCUGCAACUCCAAUACCUAUAUCUGGGAUUGUCAGCUGUAUAAUAUGAAAAAAUUCUUGGAUCUGGAAGCGUGUUUGGUCUCCAUUCAUUUUCCUUGUAAAUCAUUUUGAUUCAUUUAUUCCUGGAUUUUCUAUCUGGCUUACAAAUUCAAUUUUGCAGGUCCAACAGAGUAGUCAAGUUUUGAAGAAUUCAAAAAUUCAAAGCUUUGAUGUAUUUACUUAGAAGGGAACUUUUCCAAGAGAACCAUGAACUCUUGUUUGGAAGAUGUUGAUUCAUUACUAAAUUCAAUCAUUCUUGUAGUUACAACAAGAUGUCUAGUCUAUUCUAAACUUAAUUAUUCAUGUAGUUAUAGCAUUUGGGUAAUACUCCGCGAUAAUUUGAAACUCUUCAUACAUAAUUAAACAUCUGGUUUGAUUUCUUAAUA